AUGGACAACACAUUUUGGGCAGGCUUUUUGUUAAUCCACAUGUUGGUCACCCAUGUUUUCGUAGCUAUGGUAGCGAGCACAGCGACCUGGGCUUGGCUAGGAAUUCUGGACGAGGUUGUUGGCAAAGUUGAAUCGAUCGCUCAUGAGCCAUCCUACGUUCCAGAAUUCUUGCGAAACAAGCUUGCUCAUGCUGGUGUCAAGCUGCAACCGCCUGAUCGAUCAGCUUCAUCAUCUACAACAGUACCGGUGCGUGGUUUGGUAUCUGUGCGUGUUGGUGCAGCUUUUGAUGCAGCAUCGAGAGGAGCAUGGUCUAGGGAGGCAUUGUUUCUUCAGCGUGCAGUGUACAAAGGCGCUUUGGAUGGGUACCUACUUCAGAUAGCUAGUUCUUAUUUUUUUCCACCCUGGGAAACCGAGCUGCAUAUUUGCGAGCUUCAGCGGAAGGCUCAUCGAUGGAAUGAGAAUAAGCGCUCUGGAGGCAUUCGGCUUGCACUGUCUGGCAAAGGUCGUCGUCUAAGUCAUCAUAUUUUCCUGCCACAGUCUUGGAAGCUCGGAGAGGAUGAGUCUCCUACAGACAUAAAUCGGUUGAUUCUAGACCUAAGUGUCAGCAAGGCGGGGGCGCCUGAUGGGCAAGUGCAGCCUGUGAGCAGCGUGUUGGAACCAGCCGAGAUUGCAUCAUUGGACUUGAGCCAGUGCCCUUGUAUCUUGUUGCCGAAUUUUUUGUUUCAGCUGGUCAAAACAGGUUUGUGGAAAGAGGUGGUAGCUUUGGCUCGAUGGUCGCACCCAGAAGUGCCAUCACUAUCCCAGGGUUUGCCGGAGGAUUGGGUGCGAUUGAAUAAAGGCAAGUCAGAACAACCCAGGCAGCCUGCAAUUCUGUCAGAGAGAAUGGCAGGUCUUUGUAGUUCACUAUUGCGUCGUGCCACACCGCACUUGCUUUCUGAAGAGAUGGACGAGGAACUUGCAGCUGGUGUACAGGGUGAGGUUGACAUAUGUAUCAAUGCAUUGGAAAGUCAUGCUUUAUCCAUGAUGCCUUCUCGUCGGGGACUUCGGGAUCAAUCGAACAGUCGAAGUGCAGAGUGCUUGCUAGCUCAAGUUUUGGCAGCGAUGGAUUUGCGUAAUCAGGGACAUUUCAAACGUCAUGCCAUGAAAUUUUUGCGCUGUGUGCCAGCAGACUUGCAAGAAGUGUUGCGAGUCCACUUCGAGAAGCACGGGGCGAGCCAGAGCGCAGUGGUUCGCGGAGGCCUCUUUCUGGAUCUUGCUCUUUUGUGCGAGCAUCGUUCGCGGAUGGCGCGGUUGGGGCCGGUGGUGCGAUAUGCGUGGGGGGAUGCGACCAGCAAAGGCGGCCGAGAAAUCUACAACACACGAUGUCGUUUCAUAGAAUUAUCAAAAGUGGUUGAGCUCGCACGUGGCUGGAGGUUUUUGUGCUUGAACCCAGCUUCGGAUGAUCAAGAUUCAGAGCAAGCAGAGCAACGUUGUGUUCAUUCGCAGGCAUUGUUUGACAAUGUUCAUUUACACACACAUGUCCCUCAAUACCUCGGCCAAGGCCGCACGACGUUGCUGGACAAAGUCAGUGCGCAUGUACAUUCCACACUUCUGGAAGCUGGCACAGUUUCUGCGAUGUCGGAUGUGCUAAAGAGCGUGGUGGCAUGGGUCACUGAUAUGUGUGUAGAAGCUGGUCUUCCAAACUGUCAUGUAAGCACUCCAGAGUCAACCUUGCCAUCCUUUGUUCGUCCCAGUCGACUUCAGGUGUGUCCAGAGGAUGCCGAGUUUGUUGAAGAAGGGUUCUAUGAGAUGCAGGGAGAGGCUGCCUCGAAUGCUGCCCUGAUGCCAGCAGCCAUUCAUCUGCCAGGCGUGUGUCAUGCCGUUCACAAUGCAAGUGCCAACUUGAACUCAGCAUUGUCUUACUUCGAUGAUUUUCUGAGCAAGCUGCGUGUUGUACACAAGUUCUUGGGAUCACCAAGUCGAAGAGACCGUUUUGUAGAGGUGGUUUUGCAACGCAAGCCGAGUUACGAUGUGGGUAAGAGUCUUUUCAAAUCGUUUACCAAGACACUGUAUGAGGAGCGAUGGGGCGAAGUGGCCUCGUAUUUGAAAUCUGCACAAUCUCUUUUCACUUUUCUGAGGUUACAUUGGGAUGAGGUUGCGUAUGUCCGGGAUGCGGGCGAUGCGGACGUCGCAAGUGCAGAAGAUAACUUCACAGCAGGUGGUUUGACAGCGUUGAUAAAAGACGGGUUCUUCCAUGCUUACUGGGAGAUGCAGCUACACAUCCGCCUUUGUUUGCAGCGGUUUUUGCGUUGGGCUGAAGGCUGUUCUUGCCAUCCUUUUGCAGAUGGCACCCCGCGCACCCGAGAGACGAAACUGCGAGGUGAAAUUUCUUGCCCACGUGAGGUAUCUUGCACCUGCCCCAUGAUGGGCUGCCAAGCGCCAUUCCUUGUUGAGGGGAAGCUGCAAAGUUUCAGGGAAGAGCUGCUGUCCACGGGUUUUAACGAUGUAGUGUUGAACUGCCAUUGCCAGUUGACUGCAGUGCAGUGGAGUGAUCUGGAAGCUGAGUGGAAGCGUGGGUGCCAGUACUUGUGUGAAAAUCUCAAGCUGCGGCUGGCUUUUUUCGGGAAGCUGCCGUGGUCCAUCUUAGGGGGUUGCCAUCCGGAUCCCGAGGUGUCAAGGAGAUUGCUUGCUGCCGCCAGGGAUGCAUGGAAUGAGUUGCCAGCCGAUUCCCACGAGCUGCAGCACCCAGUUGCUAAAGAAUUGUUCGCGUCUAGCCUCAUGGAGGAGGAACUUGGCUCUUAUUUGUCAGGGGAAUCAGCUUUGGAGGACUUGCCGCUUCUAGAGACAUUCUUGGCGAAGCUUACCUUUGUGCAAGUGGCAGAGCGUAUCAUAGAAGGUGCACACAAGGAAAUGGGCAAGGUGACUAAUUCCAAAAGCCCAUCUGCACUGUCGAUAGCACUUCGGGCUCCUGAGUUGAAUCGCAGGUUGUCUCUCAGCUCAACUUUUUUUGCUGAUCUUGUUGAGGCUUUUGAGAAGACUCGAAAGAUUCGUAAGUUUCGCGAAGAGUUUCCUGCCCAUGCCCAGCAUCCGGACAUCUUAUCCUUGGACAAGAAAGCUCAAACAUCGAAGUUCGUUUCUGUGGUGAGACAUGUCCUCUAUCGUGACCCGCGUCACCAGCAUGCCGACCUUUCGACUGCCAAAACAAAUCUUCAACAGGGACAAAAGGAACAGGAUAGGCUAGCCAAGCCUUUCGCUGCAGCAGCUCCCAAGGCGCCAGAGGCAACAAUCAUUGCCCGUGCUGUCAGUGCGUUCGUGCAGGAAAGUUGCGAGGAAGAUCAGUCUCGUGUUUUUUCGAUUGGAGACAUGUUCUUCACACCUCUUGUAUUGCGGCCAUCAGCUAUUCGUCGGCCAAGGCAUGCCCCGGGGGUCCAGGCCGAUGUUGGUCGUGGGGAUAUGUUGGUGUCUGUCCUGCAACACGAUGCUGCGUCUGAAGGUCCUCAUUCCCCUUUUGUCUCGCCGUUGCAGCCAGAAGCGCAUAAGCUGAAUCUGGAGACAAAGGUUGAAGAAAUGGGAGUGUCAGGUUUCUUGGAAGGGUUCCGGUCGUGGCAGAUGAGUAGCUCUCGCCAUUUCACGUUGCCGUUGCCUGCAAACGUGCGUGUGGAUGCGAGUGAGCUUUCUGUGCUAGUGACUGAAAUGUUGGACAAAGACUGUCUGGCAGGCAGAAGCGGAAUCCUUCUAAGGCCCUCCCAGGAACAGACUCGGUUGCUUCAACAGUGUGAGGCAUGCGGCGUGGCGGAGCAGUCCAAGGGUGGCUGGAUUCUUUCUGUAGAGGGCAUCCGCAAGUUGCAGGUUAGUCGUAGGCUGGAGCAGCCAAGCCUGUUUGGUGACGGCCGUGGCAUCCCGUUGCAGGAUUGCUCGCUUGGCCAGCUUCUUAUGCGAAUGAGGUCAGAAGGUAUGGUGUUGAAAUACAUUGUCGGUGAGCCGCGUGUUUGGCAUUCGUCUGUAUUGAAUGUAAACAAAAAUUAUCUGUGCUGCUUGUUAGAUGCUGAGAACUUGAAGCACACUCAUGGCACCGAGUGGAUACCGCAUGCCGCCCCGGCCAAGACCUACGAGCUCCUUCUCUCGGGAGUGCCCUCGUCAGAGGCUUUGCAGGCUGCCUUGGAGGAUGUCGCCGCGAAGCGGAAGGCGCCCAGGUUGCAAGUUACGGACGGAGAUGUUGAAGGGGACUUCGCGGCUGCGCCGGUUGGCAAGAGAGCUCGUAUCGCUUUGAAGGACCAGGUUCAGGAUGAUCCGGAAUUAGGCGAGGAUCGUCCAGAUGAGGACAAGGCCAGUAUUUGUACAGAGGAAAUUCAAGAAGAUCUGGAGCGAUUGAUCGCAGAGGCCGACGAGGUCGAAGGUGGGGUUGAAUUGGGUGCAGAGGAAGGUGGUGCUGGUGCGGCAUCCAGUGCUGCCGGGCCUGCCGGGUCCGCUGGAGCACCUGCGGCUCCAGCGCCAGCAGCAAGGUCUUCCAUCGAGAGUGUUCCAGCAGUUCCAGCUGGUGCAGGGAUUAUUGAUGCUGCAAGUGCGGCAAAUGACCUUAGUUCGGCGAGCUUGUUGGCUGGCACUGUGGCUCGCCUUCAAGAGCGUAGCAGUGCAGGCUAUGGUGCUGGCUUUUCCUUCAGCAGGAAGCAGCCCCACUCUGCUCCACCUUUCGGUGGAGUGGAGGCCACUUGUAGGUACCAUCGUAAGAACACUUCUACUGGCUGCAAGAAGUUCAUUAGAUUGACUGGCUUGUCAGCCGAAGCUGAGCAAGAGUGCUGUGUUACAUAA